GAACGUUAAGUGUUUCGGUAGAGUAAUAUAUUAGGGAAACUUUUAACUUCCCAAUUUUAGGGUAUAUAAACUACAGAUUGUUUUAGGGGAGCUUAUUUUCAGACAGCGUGCAACUAAAAUCAUGGCAGGAGUUUGGGCGGUUAUCUUCGUAUACGUCUUGUUCUUUUGUGCGGCUAGUUGUCAGCAAAUUUAUUCCGAUGACAAAAAUUACUGCGACCGUAAUGAUCAGACGAUUGAAAUAUUGAACGAAAAGAUUGAGUACUUACGACAGGAGAACGCGAAACAGAUGGAUUCCUUAAAACAAGAAAUCGCGCGAAUUAAGAAAAAUGAAACUAACAUCCACGAAGAUUUGAAGAGUAGUAUACUGGAAACCAUCAAGUCAGAGUUUUAUAAAGAUUGUAAGAAACUCUAUAUCCAUGGCAAUACAGAAUCUGGUGUUUAUGAGAUAUAUCCAUUUGGUAUUGAAAGCAAGGUCAGCGUCUUCUGUGACAUGAUGACAGAAGGUGGAGGGUGGACAGCUAUCCAGAAACGUGUCAAUGGGUCAGUCAGUUUCGACAGAACCUGGACAGACUACAAGACGGGAUUCGGGAAUCCUAACGCAUCCUACUGGAUUGGAAAUGACGUAAUACAUCAACUUACCAAGGGAAGAAGCUCCUCCAUCUACGUAUCUAUCACACUGACCUAUGGGACAAAGCUUUAUGAAUUAUACAGCCAGUUCUCUGUUGCUGACGAAAUCAACAAAUACAGACUUUUUCUUGGGGGGCCAGCUACAGGGACACUGGGUGACAGCAUGAGAAGCCACGAUCUGUCUGGGAUGUCCUUCAGUACCCCAGACAGAGAUAACGACAGAUGGUGGGAUAACUGUGCUGCUUCCAGUGACCUGAGAGGAGGCUGGUGGUUCCGCUCCUGUCACCACGCCUUCCUUAACGGUCAGUGGUCCCCGGGAUCCUGGUACAGACCAUGGUAUCCUACAGUCUCUGAUAAUAAACAGACAAAGGAGACUUUUAUGAUGCUGAAACAUAACUGACUUUUUAUAUCUUUAUAUCCAUACUUGUUCAAACAUAAUAUGAAAAGUUAUAUACUUUUAUAAUAGAAGAUGAAAACUUUAUAUUUUAGACAUAAUGGUGGUUUCUUUAAUAUAUACAAUGUAUCAAACAUAUAGAUUUAAUGUUAUUAUGUGUAAUGAAUUUAUUGAAAAGUCCUAACAUGUAUUGCGUUUAAGAUAGUGUUGUACAUGUAACAUCAAUUACUAAAAACAAGAAAAUCGCAUUAAAUAUUGUUACAUAAUAAAAGUUUUGUUUUUAUUUUAUCAAUUGUCGUUUUAUAAUUAAUAGUCUAAUGAUAUAAAGUAUGUUAA